CAAAAGAAGCCUUGAGAAAGUGAACUGCUGCACUUUAUACAGUUUACAACUGUGGUAGCUGUUUUGUCUGCUCACUUUAAUAGCUGGAUCGGGAUGCUGUUGUGACUGUUUCUCUUCUGUCGCCUGUGUGGAAAGUGCCACACACACUCCAGAACAACGACGGCUUUUGCUUGCAUUUUCCAGUGUUUCUUUUGUCAGCGUGUUCAGCAAAGUUGUAAUUCUUCAAGUGCCAGCCCUGAGCUGAGUGAGGAGCCAGCAGCAGAGAUGGUAAAAAUGACAAAAUCAAAAACGUUCCAGGCUUACCUGCCGAACUGUCAUCGAACCUACAGCUGUAUCCACUGCAGAGCCCAUCUAGCCAAUCAUGAUGAAUUGAUCUCCAAGUCCUUCCAGGGAAGCCAGGGACGAGCCUACCUCUUUAAUUCUGUGGUAAAUGUGGGCUGUGGUCCAGCAGAGGAGAGAGUCCUUCUGACAGGUUUACAUGCUGUAGCAGAUAUCUAUUGUGAAAACUGUAAAACCACUCUUGGAUGGAAAUAUGAACAUGCUUUUGAGAGCAGUCAGAAAUACAAAGAAGGAAAAUUUAUCAUUGAACUUGCCCACAUGAUAAAAGACAAUGGCUGGGAGUGAAUCAUAACGUUUUUCCUUCAGUUUGGACAAUAUUCUGUGGGACGUGCUUUAUAAAGACUAACGCAAAGUAAAAGAAGAUCUUGGCUAAAGUGGCCCUGAGAAUAUCACUGAACUCUGAAACCUCACAAAUGAGUAGUGUAGUGUAAGUGGCUAUUUCAGGCCAUGUUUGCCUUUUCUCCUUGUGUAAGUUCCCUCUUUUUGUAUGUGUAUUAUUGUGUGAACGGUUGUUUUGGAACUUUUUGGAUGACCUUUUUCUAAACUCUCUCAAACUCUAGAGAAACAGUUCACUAAUAGAAAACAGAUUUUUCCAGUUAGCGUCUAUCUCUGACCUAUGCCUUUAAUGCUACCUUUUGCUGUGCAUGCUUCUUGCCUAAACACCUACACUCCAAUCCUGUAGAAGUUCUAUAUCUGAGCAGUCCUAACGAAUGUAUGGGAUGGGGUGCUUUUUUUAUAUGUAGCAAUUUCUGAUGUAUUUGGCAGUGAAAGGGAUGCAGUAUUGUAAUUAUUAAUUUCUGUUUUAAAUUUGAGUGUACCACAACCUGUGUACAUCUUGUAGGCGAGUUGGUUAAAGGUACAGUGCUCACUUUAAAAACAUGUCAAUUGCACUGACUGAAAUUAGCAGAUCUUAACUUUUCUGUUAGGAAGGGAUAUGCUAAUGGCUUGGUAUCUUAAUGAAAUAUCUUAGAAGGAUUUUAAAUCAAUAAUGCUGUAGAAUACGUUCAGUUAAGACCAAAACAUUACUUAAGGAGUUUGCUGGAUAAGGAAGGAAUCUAUAAAAAUACAGCUUGCAAGAUCAAAUGGCAUGAAACUAUAUGCAUCUUCUAUUUUGGAUAAAAAAAAUUAGUCAGUGUAUUUUAAAAAAAGUUUUGGUACUGUACUGUACCUUUGCCAGUAACAGGGACUUGUGCAUCGGUAAAGUUUUAUGGCUGGUUCCAUGUAGCUAUAUAGCCCUAAUGCGCUGGACAAAGAGGUUGAUAUAAAAAAAAACUUGUGUUCUGCUUUUGCUACAUUUGAACAAAAAUGAUUAUUUUUGUGAGAAAUGGCCAGAGCCUAUGAGAUGAAAAUUAAUAUAUUAUCUUUAAAAAAGAGGGGUAAUAAGGCAGGGAAGUUUGAUUCAUUUUUUUCCCAUAAAAUAGAAAAGCAAGAUUUUUUUUAAAUGUGAGGGAGGGGAAAGGGGUUUCUUGGUUUGCUGGCUAAAUCACCCCCAAGUACCUUUUUAUAACAAAUUUAUAUAAAACUCCCCUUCUCUCUUGUUCUCCCACUGUUUAACUGGAAUGACUAAGGAGAGAAACUUUUAGAAAGUGUAUGCACAAUAUUAACUGUUGGUAGCUGUGUAUGCAUGUUCUCAGCAACUUUGGAAGAAGUGCUCUGUGUAAGUUUAACUUUAUUUUCAAAUUAAACGGUCUAUGAAGACCUUUUGUAUUUAAAUCCUUGUAAUGCUUGAGGAAAACCUUUAACACUACGUAAGUACUAUAACCGAAUGAUAUGGAAGCCUUGCAAUAAAAAAUCCUUUUCCUUCAGUAACAAUUCUGAUAUGGCGCCUGUGGAGCUUAGUCAUGGGUGCCGUUGCUGCUGCUGUUCUGGUUAUGGGAAUCUCCAGUAGGCUUUCUGAACUCUACUGCACUUUAGAAAUUUUGUCAUGUUAAAAAUUAUGCCAAUGGGUAGGGGCAAUACAGAUUUUUAAAACCAGCUUUCCAGUAUCUUUGUGGAGAGGGAGGGAGGGAGUUCUGCAGUGUGUAAGCAUUCAUCUAUGAUGCAGGCUGGCUAAACUGCAUUCAAGAUGUUGUCAUGAUCUAUGCCUAUGAAAUGUUAAAAUUAAAGAAGUAGUUAAAGCUAUUGGGUUUCAGUCCAAAGACCUGAUGUGGUACAGUAGUGUCCAGUUUAGAUUUUGUGGCUUAUAUGUUACUACUUUAAGCCUGAUCUUAUCUGUAAGCAUAAAGUCUCCUUUUUAACAAUGUCACUGAUGCAAGAUGGGCUUUGGUGUUGCCUGCCUCUUGAUCUUUUCUGACCUGGAAUCCUUGGGAUUUUAUUUUCCUCUGUAGUAAUGUGUGUUGCCAACAAGGAAAGCGCUAACACUACUAUCAGCAGAAAGUUUGGCUUCAAAGUCCACUUGUAAUGUUAAUACUUAUGAACAGGCUUAUAUGAAGUUUGUGCAUCUUUGGGCUUUUGUUUCCUGGCUACAGGCUUAUUGAAGCAGUACACUGGACUGAAGACAAAAUAGCUGCUUUUCAAUAGAGUUGGAAUUAAUUAAAAUAUGUAAAAUAUUAAAGAUUUUUCUCUAAAAAGUUGUGGUUUUGGCUAUCUUGUUAGGGAGUUAAUGCUGUCUGUAACAGUCUGAUUCUUACUUAGAAAUUCAACCUCUUUUUUCAGUGCAUUAUUUAUAUUUCAAACUGGACAUUUUCACCAAAACCUUAAUUAACUUUGAUGCCAAAGGUUGGGACUUCAUCAAGUGCUUAGCAUGUAGAACUUCAGACUACUGGCAUAAGGAGUUAAUGAUCUAUAUGUGAUAUUAAUGGCUUUUAAGAGAAUGAAAUAAAGCAAUAUUCUCAUUGGUCUUUUAAGAGUGGAAGCUUAGAAGGAGUAAAGAGUAGAACUAAUACAGAAUUGCUAUUACAUGCUACCAUGUAACAAUUCUUUAAGCUCAUUCUAUUGAGGGAAUGUGUGAAUUUUUUUCCUGUGUCGCUUAGCAGCAUCAAUAAAUUAUUUUCUCCCUUUGUGAAGAUUUGGAGAAUUCUUGUUAUUGGUUUUGGUGAAAGUAGAAUCCAGAUAGUAAUGGCUGCUGGCUGAUGCGAGGAGGUCAGUCUGGUCACUGAACCCUCCAGCAGUCAUUUGAAAGAAACUUACUUGAAGAAAAUUUUACUAAAGCAUUUUCCCUCUAACCAAUUUUUGUAAUAUAUUAAAGAUUAUAUUUAAAGUUUGUAUGUGUUUGCUCUGGGCAAGUUUACUUCCCCUCCUACUUGAGCACUUUUGUUACUUGUACUGGUUAUUUUUAUUGUUGGUCUUAACAAUUAUUUUGUAUUUUGUUUUUUUUACAAACUGUAACAAAAAGCUUUUGUGAACCUUUGUUUCUUGCUGGCUCUUUCUUGGACCAAAUGAACUGACUAUGAGCUGGCUUAGAAAUGUUCAUUGGGAUGCAUAGGAAUUUGCUAGCAAAAAUGUAUGUGUAUUGAAAGAUUUUUUUUCCUCUGAACCUCUAAAGCUGUUCCUGUUCUGAAGUAAUUAAACAUUAAUUGAUGUGACUUUUGUAAUCUGACAUUUUCUCUUUGGGUCCAAAAUAGUGUCUGUAACACUACAGACACUACUACUGUUCCAGAACUGAGUGUGCCUCCAAAACACUAGAAUUAUUUCUCUGGCUGAUCACUCUAAGCACCUUUUUAACUAAUGAAAGGCAGUGCUGCCAUCUACAAAAAUCCUGUUAAGUUGCAAAACUUACUAUGAAAUAGCUGCAGAAAAUAGGGAGGAAUUGACACAUCAACCUAACCUCAGUAACUUUAUCUGCCAAUAAAGAGGGCCAGCAUAUGAAUUUCCUUGUUCACUGAGAGGUAUACAAUGAUAAACUAUAUUAACAAAGUCUGUUAUAAUUCGGUCUUAAUGUCCCACUAACAAGGACUAGUUUAAUUGCCAAUCUGAGUGGUGUGCCUUGCAUGCCUGCAGUUUUUAGCAAUAUAUAGGAGAAGGGAAAUGAGAUUGAUUUGAAUUAAAAUUUGGUCUCAGAAGUGCUGACAAACAGUCAUCAGGAUGUCCAUAACCAGAUGGUCAUCCAUAUUUAUUGGUAUGUCAAGUUACUGAGUUAAUACUACAUACUGUGUUUGGACUCAUGCUUCCCUCCAAAUAAUGCUUUUAAAGAGGUUUUUCUGCAUGCUUAUCUCGGCAGUCUCGACUGCAACAGCAGUUCUACCUGAACUAGGAUACCUAGAGAGUCACAAACCAAUUUCUAACACCUCCAUUCUUUGAUAAUGGAGAUGAAUGGAAGAAGCUGUCAAAUUGUUGGUAAACUUUUUGAAUGCUUUAUUGUACUUCAUUUAGCACUCAUGUAAGUCAAACAGCAGUAUGAACAGCAAAAGGAACAGAUGUUUCAGAGGUUUCUUUCAAAAGGACUGUUACAAAUGGUUUAAGGCCUAAAGCAUGAGUCAUAAACAGCAAUUGAGUUGUGCCUCAUUGUUUCUUAAAUUCUUUACAAUGCUUUCUUUUACAGGUGACAUGGCUGUGUUGCUGUUUUGUCCUAGCAAUACUGUACAUCAUUUGUUGUUUCACUAUAUUGUAUCUACUUGAGGUAUCACAAUAAAAGCUUUUAAUUGUUUUGUUGAGUUUA